AUGGAGAACAGCACAGUCGUGACUGAGUUCGCUCUUGCCGGGAUAACUGAUGACCCACAGCUGCAGAUCCCGCUCCUUCUGGUAUUCGCGCUCAUCUACCUCCUCACUCUGGUUGGGAACCUGGGGGUGAUCACGUUGAUCCUGCUGGACUCUCGUCUCCACACUCCCAUGUACGUCUUGCUCAGCCACCUCUCCCUGGUGGACUUUGCUUACUCCACAGCCGUCACUCCCAAAGUGAUGGCUGGCUUCCUCGUGGGAGACAAGGCCAUUUCCUACAAUGCUUGUGCCACUCAGCUUUUCUUCUUUGCAGUCUUUCUUGCUGUGGAAACUUUUCUCUUGGCCUCAAUGGCCUAUGACUGUCACGCAGCAGCGUGCAAGCCAAUCCAUUGCAGCAACAUCAUGACAGCAAGGGUGUGUGCCUGGACGGUCGUGGCGUCCUACGGCCUUGGUUUUCUAGUGGCCUCUGUGCACACUUGGAAUGCGUUCAGUCUCUCUUUCUGCAGAUCCAGGGUGAUUGGUCACUUUUCCUGUGGUGCCACUCCUGUCCUGGCUCUCUCAUGCUCAGACAGCAGCAGAAGCGAGAUGGUGGUUUUUGUUUUGGUGAGCUUCAAUAUCGCCUUUACUCUCCUGAUCAUCUUGAUCUCCUACCUGUUUAUCUUUGUCACCAUUCUGAGGGUGCGCUCAUCUGAAGGACAUCGGAAGGCCUUCUCCACCUGUGCAUCCCACCUCACUUCCAUCUCCAUCUUCUAUGGGACAGGCGCCUUCAUGUACCUACAGCCCGGCUCCCGCCAUUCCAUGAGCACAGACAAAAUGGCGUCUGUGUUCUACGCCUUGGUUGUUCCCAUGGUGAAUCCGCUGAUCUGUAGUCUGAGGAACAAAGAGGUCAAGAGAGCCUUAAAAAAGGCUGUGGGGAAAGCAACAUCUUCUCUAAGAUUCAUGUCUUAA